AUGCGGGACGAUCUAUCAUGCGCGGGGGAACGUGCAGCUCGAACUGACCGGCUUAAGAUCGUAUCUGAGCAAGGGUCCAAGAUCUCGUUGCCGCCAAUGGAGGAGGCACGCAACAGCUCAGAGCUCUCCUGGGACGAGCCCAAGGGCAGCUGGAGGGCAGCCCAAGCCUACGGCCGGUCUCCAUUCCAGGUCGACAGAAGCUACCUGAACAAGCCUCUGCGGGUGUACCUCUUCGGCAGCCAUAUAUCUGAGUCGCUGUCCCCAAAGGUAAACGAGCUCGUCUACAAAGAACUGCAGCUGUCCUGGACAUUCAGCCUCUACACCACCACCGACCCGGACGAGUUCCGCCGGGUCAUCCAGGAGCCAGACGUCAUCGGCGCAUCGGUCACGAUGCCCAACAAGCUCUCCUUCAUGCCUGUAGCAGACGUCAUCACCGACGAGGUGCGCGCCAUGGGCGCCAUGAACACCACGUUCGUCAAGCUGGAUCCGCAGGGCAGGAGGCUCCACAUCGGCACCAACACGGACUGGGUCGGGCUGAAGCACACAAUCUAUGGGAUGCCGCGCAGCGAGGAGCUUGGCCGUGGCCGGCCGUCGCUCGUACUGGGUUCCGGCGGGGCCGCUCGGAGCGCCCUCUUCGCCGUCUGGGAGGCCGUCUGCCCGAGCGAGAUCUACGUCGUCAAUAGGGCGCGGUCCGAGGCCGAGGAGAUGAUCGCCGGGUUAGGGGAGACGGCGCCUCGUGUCAAGCUUCGCUUUAUCGGCAGUCUAGACGAGGCGCGGACCCUUCCGGCCCCGGCCGUCAUUGUCGGCACCGUCCCCGAUACGGAGCCGGAGACGGCGGAUGAGGAGCUCGCGUGGCAGAUCUGCACUACGUUCGUGAAGAGGCAGGGGAAAGAUGGGUUUGUCGUGGACAUGUCGUACAUGCCGAGUCCACAUACUAGUCUGUGUCGGGAGGCAGAGAGGCACGGAGCUACAGUCCGGCGUGGCGAUGAGGUCUUGAUCCAAGUAUGUCUGGCGCAGAUUUCCUUCUGGGCGGAGCGGGAUAUGAACACCGGUGAGAGGGCGAGGAGGAUAUUGCAGCAGAUACGAGAGGCAGAUUCAAGAAAAUAA